CUUUCUACUGUUCACUGAUCAGUUCGUUCUGAGAUUACGAGACGGUGGGGUCCGUUCAUUUGCGAUCGUUCGGCCACGAAACUCAUCGUGUUGCAUAAAUCACGUAUCAUACGAUAAAGAUGAACACUUUCCAUCUGUCUCCCUUGAUGGCGAGAUAGAAUAAAAGGAUUUCCCUGAAGUCGAGAGAGGCGGUUUUGUGGCUCGGUGAAAGGCGCUGGAAAUGAAGUAGAACGAGAUAGAAUUUGUAGGAAGUUGGAUGUGCGAGAGCCGAGAGUACGCGAGCGAGCGCCAUUCAAGAAAGUGACGUGGGUUGGAGAGGGGAGCGGAUUAAAGUGCGGGGCACAGCAGGGCACAGCUGUUCUGUGGAAAGAAAGAGGAGGAAGAGAAGCAAGAGAAGGAUUGCGUCGAAUAUAUACGUCGACGAACGAACGAACGGACGGACGGAAGAGCUGGACAUCGUCGCGGUCGGGGUCGUCGGGGACUCGACCGGUGAUGUACGAAAGUCGAACAAGUGCGUUAUCGAAGGUGCUUGUUGCUUGACGCACCUGUAUACUGUAACGCAAAGGUCACACAAGAAAGUGGAGGUCGCAUAACGAGACGUCGCACUUGGCGAACGAGAACCAUCGUGCGUGGGAAUUCUCCAAAACUUCCCGCGCGACCGAAUCGAGCGCGUCGACGAGGCUACAUAGGUAGUUCGGCUGAGCUAGUAUAAACAGUCUGGUUUUUAGCCGCCCGUUCGUUAGAAUCCCGUUAAUGUCACUCGCAACUUCGUCGUGUAUGUGUAUUCCUUUCUUCCCUUCGUUUCACGAUCACCGAUUGGAAAUCAUCCAUUCGAGAUAGGUGUUUAAUCAAAGUUUCGGUAAGAGAAAAGGAGGAUAAGGAAGAGGAGAGUAGUGCUAUUCUCUCGCGAAAGAGACCUAGAGAAAGCCAGGAGACGACUUUCUGGAUUUUGAAGGCACGACUCGAAAGAAAAAAAUGUGGCAUCCUAAAAGCACCCAGAUGGAAGAACGUGUUACAAAGGACGACAAGGAACAGCGGCGGCGAAAGUACGACGACGACGACGUCGGCGGUUGUAAAUACGAGGACGAAACGGGCAACAUCGAUUCCGGAUUCCUAUCGGGCGGCAACCUACAGUUUAGCGGCGAGAUUAGCGGCGAUUCGGGGUUGCUGCACUCGCAGGAAGAGUGGAAGGAGGGGGAGGGAGUGAAGCAGGAGAAACAGGUCACGACGACGACAGUGGCAUCAUCAUCAUCGGUAACGUCGACGGCGAUCGCCAUUGAGGAAUCAAUGAAGGCGAUCGACAGUGGCGUAGACCUCGACCUCACCGAAACUCUGAGCCAGCUUAGCCUGAAGCAGGUUAACCUAAACCCGCUCGCCGCCAAGGACAAACUGAUCCAGGCCGAGUCGACGACCCCCAAACUAUUGCCUGUGACGCGGGAUAACAAGGAUGACACCAAGUUCGAGCAGCAUCACCAGCAGGACAGCGAUGAAGAACGUACGACGAGUAAUGAGGAACCUUGGCAGUUGUACUACACGCAAGACGACGAUGGUGACACGCAACUGCACAUCGCGAUAGUGCAGGGCUUCAUGGAGGCUGCGUUUUGUUUAAUAAGGAUGGCUCCUGAUCCGUGCCUAUUGGACACCAUGAACUACGACUGGCAAUCACCUUUGUAUCUGGCUGUGUUAACGCACCAGCCGUUGAUUGUCAGGCGAUUGAUUUUGGCAGGUGCAGAUCUAUCCCUAAGGAAUUUUCAUGGAAACACAGCCCUUCAUCUGGCAUGCAAAAACGGAGAUCUUGCUUGCGCUAAGGCCCUCACGGAUCCAUUAUCCUCGAUCGAAAGGAACAAAUUAAUGCCUGGACAGAUAAUACCCGCCUUACCUCAGAAUUUGGAGCAACGUAAUUAUAGCGGUGAGACGUGCCUGCACGUGGCUGCCACCAAUGGAUACGUGGAUCUGGUACGACUUUUGUUGCGUUUAGGGGCUGAUCUCAAGGCGAAGGAGGGUCUGGCGGGAUACACGGCACUUCAUCUCGCAGUGGAGCAUCAGUACUGGUCGUUGUUUGAUUUUCUAUUACUGGAAUGCCAGCGAGCGUCGUGUCUGAAUGACCGAACAUACGGCGGUAGAACAGCCUAUCAAUUGAGCUUGAAUGUCAACACUGAUUUCACCAAGAAAGCACGCAAAGAGCUAAUGCGAUAUGGCGCGAUGCGGGAACCAUUACCGGAAGAAUCGGAUUCCGAAAACAGCGAAGACGAAGAAACGAUAUCGUGGAUGGCAGAUUACUUGCCUGCCAUCGUCAAGAUGCAAAAUGCGAUCGGAGUGACAGUCUAAAGUAUACAUCGAUAUUUAAUUUAUCGAUUAAUUUGAGCGCUAGAUAAUUACCAAACAAAAAGAUAGAAAGAUUGCGUGCAUAUGCACGGAAAAUAUAUCUCGAAUCACAUUAACGUAUCAACGUUUUUUAAUCUAUCGAAUUGAUACAAUCGGUGACGUGAGUAAAAUUUGCCAGACGAGAAAAAAAUUAAAAUUAUGUCUCAUUUUCUAUAUGUAUGUUUGAUAAGUAUAUUUUGAGCUUUAAUGCGCAUUAGGAAAUUAUUUUAAUUAAAAUUUAAAUGAAUAAUUAUUGCCUAAAAAGAACAAUUAGAUUUUAUUUAACUUACUAAAUUAAAUAAAAAUCAUAUUUCGCGUGUAAGUUAACGCGUGGCUUAAAUUUGAUACGCUAGACGAUAUGUCAAUAUUAAAUGCAUUAAGGCAAGUAAUUAAAAUAAAAGUAUUACAGUUUAUUAAAAAAUAAAAAUUAUUUAUAAAUUUUGACGCGCUCGAUAUAUAUAAUGCACGAAUAAAGGUUAGUGUCUAGCUUUAAAGCGCCUGUCGUCUUAAUCUGCCGGUUGGAUUAAGAUCUACAGUAAAAAAAUGAAAAGAUUAGCAGUUAAGUAGAUAAGAAAUAGAAUUUCUCAAAAUUAGCUUCAAUGUGUAUUAUAUCUAAUGCGCGAUUAGAGAUGCAUCUUUUGAAUCGACGAGUAUUAUUAUUGUAAUACAAUUAUAGACUGUUUAUAUCUUUUUCGAAUCGAUACCGGUAGCAAAUGAGGGAUGAAUGAUGACCGAUUAACAGAAACACGUAGAAAUCGAAGAUCUCAAAAAGGAACUUAUAUUAACGAAGCAUUUAAUUACAAACGAGGCGACGACGCGUAGAUGCGGGUUGUCUUAACGGUCGUUUGUUUUUUCCUUAGUAAUCUUUCGCAACGGAUGGGCAUACAGCAUCCCGAGAAGAGUGUUCCAAAAAAGGCUGUACAAGUAUGAUACAAAGGACAAAUGUGUAUAUAUAUAGUGUGCGUGCGUGCGUGUGUGUAUGUGGGUGUGUAAUAUUUUAACACAAGUGUUUUUAUGAUGUUUGUCGGAGCGUCUGUGAGUGAAAGUAGGUGCGGAACGUGUGAUGAUGCAAGUGUGGAAUACUUGUGCUUAUAUACUUUAUAAUGUAAAUAGAAGAGUACGUUCAAUACGCGUUUAUCGAAUACUCGUGAAGAAGGGUCUUACUAUAGGUCUUAAGUCAUAGGGUAAAGGCGAAAUCGAUGCGUGGAGCAAGAUACAUAUUAAAGUGAAGACAAAUAAUUAAAUUCACAUUUUUUGUUUAAUAGUCAAAUUCACAUUCUUAUACAUGUGACUCAUGUAGCCGUAUACAAUGUAUUUAUAUAUCAGCGUAUUGAAAAGAAAGAUCCAGAAUGAUGCGAUAUUUAUCGAUGAUGAACAUUAAUCGGAUCAGUGUUCAUUGUAGUAGCAUACAAUUGCUUCCAUCAAUAUACAGUAACUUCUCUUCAUCUCUUCGUGUGUACAUUAUAGAUAUUUUCCGUUAGUCAUAAGUAUGUCACUGUCGCGAUAUAUUAAUAAUAACAACAACGAUAUCAUAUUCGUAUAAUAAAA